AUGGCGCACGUACCACCCUCGGUGAAGGUGCCUGCCGGCCACCUGCCUAGCAUUUCAAGCUUUCGUAGCUCUUUCCGCGGGCGAGGUACCCGCUUCUACAGGAAGGAGGCAACCACCAACGCAAUCCUCCGCCAAAAGUCACCGUUAUCGUCGCAUCGCGGGCACACCAUUCUCAACUCAAAACCGACGACCGUGACGACUUCCACUCUGACUGCCGUUGUCUCCCAUCUUCGCAAGCACGACGGGCAGCGAAGACCGUAUAUCGCACAAAUGUCCGAGUCGCAGCGCUCCGCGUGGUCAUCCCGCGCCGACCUUCUCCUACGCCCUGUCGAGCGUCCGGUGGGGUACCUGAAGCGUGCCAGCAUCGCGGCCUGGUUUCCCAUCCGCGGCAUCUGGUACUUUUUGCGGAACAAGGAAUUCUACCCGCUAUUCCUUAGCCGCCUCCUACCACUAUCCAUCAUAUCAUUUCUCGUUUACUUCAUCCUCUUUACAUUUGCCUUCCUCCCACAGUUUGCACUUCUGGCCAUCUUCCACGGAUGGGGCGCCUGGGUCAACGCGGUGGUCCUUGUGCUCGGAGAGGGUCUCGUGGUGAUCCAGGGUCUCUUUGAGGGAUUCUUCGUCGACGAGUGUCGAGUAGAUGUCUUUGAUGCCACCCUGAUCAAAGAGUCGCAAACAGACCUCGUGGCUCCCCACAGAAUCCUCUUCCCCGAUGCUCCCACCGCGGUCAAGAUGCUCGGCAAGCCGACGACCCCUGCCGCCUUCACCCCAUGGUCUAUGAUCCAGAUCAUCGAGCUGAUAGUCUUCUUGCCCCUCAACUUUGUCCCGGUUGUUGGCACCCCUGCUUUCAUCAUCAUCACGGGUACGAGACUGGGCAAGCUGGUGCACUACAGAUGGUUUCACUUGCGAGGGUUGAGCAAGAAGGAAGCCAAGAACGAAAUUCGGGCGAGGACGUGGGAAUACGUAUGGUUUGGCACGGUCGCCAUGAUUUUGGAGCUGAUCCCUGUACUGUCUUUCUUCUUUUUGUUGACUACUUCGGCUGGGGCUGGACUCUGGGCGGCACGGAUUGAAGAUGAGAAGAUGAAGCGAGCCGUGGACGCUCUCAUCGGAGAGCCCCUACCGCCCCCGCCCCCCUACGAGGAUGAUCCGGUCUAG